CGAUAGAGUCAAACGCCGCUUUACGCCGCCCAAGCAUUUAGCCUAAGGUUCAGUCCUUGCGCUAUCACAUGCGCAUUAUCAAGCUUUGAUGCCCCGCUACGACACCACGACUGAUUUCAACCUUGUCUCAUGAAGCUUCAAGCCUCAAAAGACUCCAAGUCGAAGUUUAUUCCUCUGGUGUUGAUGUGCCAAUGUGAUGGGGUGGCCACCAGCUGUUAUUAUUGUCGUCAGGCACGGCGCUCGACUUGACGCUGCUGAUAAGCAAUGGCAUCUUACAUCUCCUACUCCUUACGACCCUCCAUUGACCUACGGUGGAUGGACGCAAUCGAGAGCGCUGGGUGCUCGAAUUGCGAACAUCCUGCGAACGCGAGAGACGGACGAUGAGAUUCCAGUAUUCCCUGGGGCAGAGAAUGGAGGUAAUUUGAGGAAAAGAAGGCAUAAAGUGGCCAUUCACAGCUCCCCAUUCUUGAGAUGUGUACAGACCUCUGUCGCCAUCAGCGCGGGGCUGGCUCAGAAUCCUGGCCAUAUACAACCCAAAACCUCUGGAUCCCCAGCUAUCAAAGCCACCCACAUAAGCGGCUCUCCAAGAAUACGUCCUCUUACUUCCACUGGGUCUCCUCGCCUCGCUCCAAUACAAGAGCCUAGCAAGUCCUUGAAGGCAAAUGGGAAAUCUACACCUCAAGAACAGCCGGAGAAUAUCAAGAAGUCGACUGUGCGAGUUGACGCAUUUCUUGGGGAAUGGCUGACACCGGAUUAUUUCGAGUUGAUUACGCCUCCACCGAGCUCAGUGAUGAUGGUGGCGGGAGCAAAAGCCGACUUGCUGAGAAGGGAAGACUACAGCAAUUUGGUACACUUUCCAGAUGUCAAAACUACUCAAGGAUUUCCAGGCGGAUGGGGAAGCCCUGUAGUGAUGGCCGACAGGGACAGAGACGAAAGCCCAUUACCAAGUCUUUCAAGUCUCGGAGCGGCCCUACCUCGAAGAGACCGAACAAGCAGUUUGAGCAGUGUUGGAAGUGCCAGGAGCAUGCACAGUCACAAGAGUGGAGUUAAUCUUCAGUUGGCAGCUCCUCCUGAACACGGUAUAUACAUGCCUCCUAUACCAAGCUAUGCAAUUUCCAACGCGGAUCCUAUUCCACCUGGCUAUGUUGCGCAUGCGAGAGAUGCAUGCGUCGAUGUUGACUAUCAAUGGGACAGCAUGCGAGAACCUCAAAAUUGGGGUACUGGUGGAGAGUAUGGCGAAGAAUGGAGUCAGAUGCAUAAACGAUUUCGCACUGGAAUUCAAUCAUUACUUGGAUGGUACACUACAGCCGACGACCCAGGACGACUCCUCACAAGAAUCCCAAAGUCUCCCACCCACCAAGGCACAACUGAGGAUGAGGAUGCGGAGGAUGAGGAUACAGAUCUUGUGAUCAUCCUGGUGACGCACGGUGCUGGAUGCAAUGCCCUGAUUGGCGCAUUGACAAACCAGCCUGUUCUAUUGGACGUGGGUAUGGCUUCGCUGACAAUGGCUGUACGCAAGCCAACCCCCGUCAAUUCUCCCAUUUCGUCCCCUGGUGCAUCACCAAGACACUCUCGCGUGUCCUCGAGAAAUUUCACCAUCUCUGAUCAAUACGAUGUCAAGCUUGUUGCAAACACAGAGCAUCUUCGUACGAACAGCACAUCUUCAAUCCCACAAGCGUCAAGAACACCCUCCAUAGCAGGGAUUUCCGCAUUCCGCGAACGCUAUGCUGGUGGUUCUCUCGACGGCUCGAACUUCAGCAAAUCAAAACCUGGAGUUACAACGUCCUCUGCAUUUGGAAGCAUUCGUCGAACAGCAACCAUCGCCUCCGCGGUGCCCAGAUCCUACACCCCAGCAAGGCAAUCCUCGAUCGGAUUAUGGAGCGCUCCGUCAGCACAGGAAGAAGACGAAGAUGCCGUCGAAGAACCCGAAGAUGAUAUGAUCCUGAACUUCGGCGAUGAUGGAGCCAAUGACCUGAAGCGCGAAGACGAGAAAGAAAACCCAGCCGUAUCACUUCUGGAUGAAAAGAUAGGCCCAACACACGCUGUAGAAGAAAAAGAAGACGAUGUGGCUCCAUUGGGACUUUGGGGCUCACCUAGACCGCCUGGGUAUGCCGAGAAGAUUCGAGAGAUUCGACCAAAGAGGAGAUGGACUGUCAAUGAGCGCGGUUGAUCACAAAAAUUGGAAUUUCCACGAACCUUUCAUUCAUUCUUUCAUGCAUCCAUUGCGAUAGACACGAACGACGCAUUAGAUGAGCAUCACAGAGACGACCCAACCAUUCAAAAUGCAUUACAUCGAGCGAGGGAGUUUUGGCGUAGGUAGGCGGGCUUGAGGAUUUUACUUCGCGAUCUGGCUUAGGUUGAUCUGGGCAUUGGGAUGCAUGGAAAAUUGUUGGUAGUAUAUACUCAACUUCUCACCUAAGGAAUGAAAAGAACUCUCUCUCUCUCUCUGAC